AUGGCCUACAUUCUGCUGUAUGUAGACGACAUCAUCCUCAUCACCUCCACCGAGGUCCUCCGCCAAUCAAUUAUGUCACUCUUAGCAUCUGAGUUUGCAAUGAAGGAUUUAGGCUCUCUAAGUUACUUUUUGGGUAUUGUAGUAUCUCGUCAUCCUGAUGGCAUAUUUCUCAGUCAAAGCACUUAUGCUUCGGAGAUCAUUGAACGUGUUGGCAUGGCGUCCUAUAAACCAUCAGUCACUCCUGUUGACACCAAGCAGAAACUUAAUACCUCCUCCGACACUUCUUAUGAGGAUCCCUCCUUGUAUCGGAGUCUUGCAGAGGCCCUACAGUAUCUCACCUUCACUCGACUUGAUAUAUCAUAUGAUGUUCAACAAGUUUGUCUUCACAUGCAUGCCCCUCGCACAGAACACAUGCUUGCUCUUAAGCGCAUUUUACGUUAUGUACAAGGCACCUUGCAUGUUAGACUACACUUAUCCCCAUCUCCCAUUAUAAAGCUUAUCUCCUACACUGACGCUUAUUGGGGUGGAUGUCCUGACACCAAACGUUUUACAUCUGGUUACUGUGUUUUUCUAGGUGACAACCUUAUUUCUUGGUCUUCCAAAAGGCAGCCAACUCUCUCCCAUUCCAGUGCUGAAGCCAAAUAUAGGGGGUUGCCAAUGUUGUCUCUGAAUCGUCAUCAGCACAUUAAGCAUAUUGAGAUGGACAUUCAUUUUGUUCGGGAAAAGGUACUUCGUGGUCAGGCUCGCGUCCUUCAUGUUCCCUUAAGACACCAGAUCGCAGACAUCUUCACCAAAGGACUUUCUCGCAUUCUCUUUGAGGAUUUUCGGACCAAUCUAAGCAUCUUUGAACCUCCCGCUUCGACUGCGGGGGUGUGA